CUUUCCUCCAUCACUCAGAGCGUUCCAUGCCACCACCGCGCAAGCGCCGCAAGGCCGUCGAUGACGAAGGCAAAGAGAACAUUCCUGUAAAGGCCGUUGUGCGGGCCGUUAAGGGCGGCCGGCGCUCUGUAGGAAAGCUCUCCGCAUUCGUGGAGCUGCCCCUAGAUAUCCUUCUCGAGAUCUUUGGCUUGCUCAAUCCAUUGGAUCUCUUGCAUCUGGCGCGUCUCAGCAAGGAUUUUCGAAGGGUUCUCAUGAGCAGAUCGACUAUAUGCGCAUGGAAAUCGGCACGCUCGAACCUUGAAGGGUUUCCGGGGCCUUAUCCCACUAUGUCGGAGCCUGCAUGGGUUAAUCUCGCGUUUAUGGCAGAAUGUCACUACUGCACGAAGAUCGUUCGGCAUCCUGAUAUGUAUCUGAAGGCACGUCUAUGUCCUGCUUGUGCCAAAACGCGGCUGGUCGGACUAGAUGAACUUCUCUAUGAAGCUACGAGCUCAGAGAAAUCAAUGAUUCAGAACGUCUUUAAUUUUAUCCCUACCCAUCAUACCAUGUAUCAACGCCAGACACGCAAACAUCUUGAUCGUUUCGCUUUGCGAUAUGAAUAUGACGCAAUUUGGACCAAGAUCUCAACUAUCAUCUCGGAUGUUGAACAUGCGCAAUUCGAAGCAGAACGGUCUGCAUAUAUGCUCGAGCAUCGUAAUCAUGCAGUUAUUUGCACACAGUGGCACAAUCAACGUGUGCGUGAUCGACAGGACGAGAUCGAUGCAUUGAAAAAGAGCAGGAAAGCAGCUAUCUAUGAUAAACUGAAGGAGCUUGGAUAUGAGAAAGAUCUCCAAAGCGUCGAGCUUCCCGAUUCUUUUGCUGAGCACCCUCUUGUGAAAAAGAAUAGUCCUUUGACUGAUCGCGCCUGGGCCAAUAUCAAGGGCGAGAUGGUUCAUUGGGCAGAGUCAAUGAGGGCUAAGCAUCUUGCCAGAGAGCGUGAGGCUCUGAUCAACACACGCAAAGCAGUCGCCGUUGCCGUGCUUCGUCAGUACAAGAAUGAAUCGACGAAUUAUCCUCUUAAGCAUUUCUUUCCCACCAUCGCCGACUUCUGUACCUUCUCUCCCGUGCGUGAGGUUUUGGAGCUCCCUUCGGAAGUCGUGGUGAACAUACAGAGUUUCUCCGCGGUAGUUCCCCAAAUACCCUAUCUUUGCCAACGCUGGCGGGGUUACGUCCGUCGCUUGUUGUCCCAAUUUAUUGUUGGGCCCGAUUCACAGACUCCCUACCUUAAACACUUAAAAUUGGCACGUAAUGUGUUGAUUUGUACAUCUUGCAGCACUAUCCCAGUUUCAUCCUAUCGGCUGCAUCGGGGCCACGAGGAUGACGGUGGCAAAUGCGAGCUCGUGCCUCUCUUUUACCCUCAAAUGUUGACUCACGCGUGCACAUCGCUUGGUUACAAACGUGGCUCGGUGACAGACGAAUCUUCUCACCUUGUCCAUGAACGAUGGCGCUGGCGAGUCCCCUGGAAUACGACCUGCCUUGCAAAAAAUGACAAGUUCAAGACGAUAGUUGAGACCAUCAUACAACUGGUCGAACUUGACCCGAGUACUGCAACUGUCCAGGACAUGGAUGAUGCAGACGCUCGAUUUGACUGCCUCCUCUGUGAAAGCGACCCGAUUACCAGAUAUUCGAAAAUGUUCAUAUUGUACAAUUGGCGGGAAUAUGCCAUACAUGUAUUCGAACGCCAUUUCUGGGACAGUGGUAGAUUCUCGCGACAUGUUGAGAUUUUCCUUUCAGACGACGACAUUCCCAUUAACUAUUAUGACAUUCGACCAAUGGGAAAAACUGUUUGGAAGUGUAUCCACUGCCAUGACCUUCCUAUGGAACGUCUUGGUGGUUAUAAAGACACGGGGACGUGGAACGUGGAGAAUCACAUUCUAUUGUCGCAUGGUAUCCGUCAGCCGAAGUUGGACCAGGAUUAUUAUGCGGCAUACGGGACCCCUGCUUUUGCAUUGGAAGGACAGAUGGAAACUAUGCACGUUGCACUUUUUGACUUUGACACCUACCUGUAUGAUUUGCUUGACAUGUAUCGGGGCUUUGAGGGAGACUCGGAUUUGAGCUCGAGCACGGAAUCUGACUCGGUCGUUGACGCCGAUUCUGACGACUCACAUGGGAGCACUGAAGACAAGGACGGUGAAGCCGAACAGGAGAACACAGAAUCGGGCUCUGAUGCGUCGGAUUCUGAUAAAUAGAUGAUUGAACGCCUUAAUCUUUAUUGUAUCCGCUUUAAAUUAGGUUAGUUACAGGUUGCCGUUUGUACCAUUUAUUCGGUCGAAGUAUCAUUCAUAGUAUCUCGGUGCACGCUGACUCGGACAUUACAAAACCAAUAAC